CCGCCGCCUCUGGGGCUCAGCGGGCCUCCCUGUCCGGCGAGCCCCGCCCCCUGCCCCGGCGUGUGCCCGGGGGUGCCCCCGAGGCGGGCCCCGCGCCCCCGGCUGUGCGUUCGCUCGCGGCCCGCACCCCCAGGGGGCUCCCCGCCCCGCUGCACAGCCAGGACCCGCAGCCCGUGGAGGGCGGCCGCUCCUCCGGACCGGAACUCCCCGUGGCCCCUGGUCUCUGAGAGGAGGCACUGGGGGGCGGCCGUCGUCGGGGGGGAGGGGGACCCCAAAGGCGGGACGUUGGGGCGCCCCGCAGGUGGGCCGAGCCGUCAAGCAGCCCUGCAUCCUCGGUGCCAGGCUCUGAGCCGGGCAGCACUUCCUAAGCCUCAGAGCACCCCGGGGAGCUCCACAGGGUGCCGUGGCCUGGGCCAUGAGCGAGCUAAAGGACUGCCCCCUGCAGUUCCACGACUUCAAGUCCGUGGACCACUUGAAGGUCUGCCCGCGCUACACAGCGGUGCUGGCCCGCUCGGAGGAUGAUGGCAUCGGCAUCGAGGAGCUCGACACCCUGCAGCUGGAGCUGGAGACCCUGCUGUCCUCCGCCAGCCGCCGCCUGCGAGUGCUGGAGGCCGAGACCCAGAUCCUCACUGACUGGCAGGAUAAGAAAGGUGACCGGCGGUUUCUGAAGCUGGGCCGAGACCAUGAGCUUGGGGCGCCCCCAAAGCACGGGAAGCCCAAGAAGCAGAAGCUGGAAGGGAAGGCGGGACACGGCCCAGGCCCCGGUCCCGGGCGCCCCAAAUCCAAAAAUGUGCAGCCCAAGAUCCAGGAGUACGAGUUCACAGACGACCCGGUCGAUGUGCCUCGGAUCCCCAAGAACGACGCCCCCAACAGGUUCUGGGCCUCCGUGGAGCCCUACUGUGCAGACAUCACCAGUGAGGAGGUGCGCACCUUGGAGGAGCUGCUGAAACCCCCGGAAGACGAGGCUGAGCAUUACAAGAUUCCCCCGCUGGGGAAGCACUACUCCCAGCGCUGGGCACAGGAGGACCUGCUGGAAGAGCAGAAGGACGGGGCCCGGGCAGCAGCUGUGGCGGACAAGAAGAAAGGCCUCAUGGGGCCCCUGACAGAACUAGACACUAAAGAUGUGGACGCCCUGCUAAAGAAGUCUGAGGCCCAGCACGAGCAGCCAGAGGAUGGCUGCCCCUUCGGUGCGCUGACGCAGCGCCUCCUGCAGGCGCUGGUAGAGGAAAACAUCAUCUCCCCCAUGGAGGACUCUCCGAUUCCUGACAUGUCUGGGAAAGAGUCAGGGGCUGAUGGGGCCAGCACCUCUCCCCGCAACCAGAAUAAGCCCUUCAGCGUGCCGCACACCAAGUCCCUGGAGAGCCGCAUCAAGGAGGAGUUGAUCGCCCAGGGGCUGCUGGAGUCAGAGGACCGCCCGGCCGAGGACUCGGAGGACGAGGUCCUGGCUGAGCUGCGCAAGCGGCAGGCGGAGCUGAAGGCACUCAGCGCCCACAACCGCACCAAGAAGCACGACCUGCUGAGGCUGGCGAAGGAGGAGGUGAGCCGUCAGGAGCUGAGGCAGCGGGUGCGCAUGGCCGACAACGAGGUCAUGGAUGCCUUCCGCAAGAUCAUGGCGGCCCGGCAGAAGAAGCGGACCCCCACCAAGAAGGAGAAGGACCAGGCCUGGAAGACGCUGAAGGAGCGCGAGAGCAUCCUGAAGCUGCUGGACGGGUAGCCUCAGCCGCCCCCGUCCCCACUCCCCGCCUGCCUGGGCGGGGGCCCCCACUUCCUUCCCAGGUGCCGCCCGGAAGCCUGAGCCUGAGCCCCCCCUCCCCAUCCCUGCUGUCGGAUGGCGCCGGUCUCCAGAGGCCAUGACACUGAGGUCUUCUGGCCUCCAUCCAGCUGGACAUGGGAGCCCGGCCUCUGCUCGGUCCCCGGGGUGAGAGGGGUCCAGGCCCCCCGCACCCCUCUCCCCCAAGGACUUCUUCUCCCUUGUGGUUUUGUAAAGUGCCGACUUCAGAGUAAAGUGACUGCUGUGGUUUCUAAAAAAG